AUGAAUUUCUUUUGGCGUUUGCCCACACCGCGCCUUGUGGUGGCUCCCAUGGUUGAUCAAAGCGAGCUUGCUUGGCGCAUGCUGUGCCGACGCAAGGGUGCUGUGCUCUGCUACACGCCCAUGUUCAAUUCCAAAGUUUUUGUGCGCGACGCCAGCUACCGCAAGCGCAUGUUCAAGGCUAUCGAGGGUGAUCGACCCCUGGUCGUGCAGUUUUGUGGCGACGAUGCGGCCACGUUGCUCGAGGCAGCCAAGCAUGUGGAACCCUAUUGUGAUGCUAUUUCUCUCAACUGUGGCUGUCCUCAAGGCAUUGCUCGCCGCGGCCACUAUGGCGCCUUUCUUCAGGACGAGUGGGAGCUGCUGGCUGAGAUUGUGUCAACGCUGAGCAAAAACCUCUCAAUCGCGGUCGAAUGCAAGAUUCGCAUUCACGAUGACGCGGAGCGAACGCUGGCCUACGCCAAAAUGUUUGAGGCGGCAGGCUGCGAUCUUCUCACAGUACAUGGUCGCACACGAGAGCAAAAGGGCACCCGAACUGGCUUGGCCGACUGGUCGCUUGUCAAGCGCAUCAAGGAGGAACUGAAGAUCCCCGUCGUGUCCAACGGCAAUAUCCUCUAUCGCGCCGACUGUCUGGCCUGCCUGGAGGAGACGGGUGUGGACGGCAUCAUGUCAUCCGAAUCCAACCUCUCAAACCCAGCCAUGUUCGUGGGCCAGUUUCCUUUGAUCAGCGAUUUGACACAAGAAUACCUAGAGCUCGCCAAGGAGCACAAGGCGACCACCUCUCAAGUUCGCGCCCACCUCUUUCGCCUGUGGUACCCAUGGUACGUGUCGAAUCUCCCCACGCCCCCCCCCCAUCCUAUCUCAAUGGCACCGUCAGGCUGA